AUGAGCGUUAAAGCUUUCAAGCUCGUUUCUGCUGUUGAGCGGGAGAUGUUAAUGGGAGACAAAAAUUACAUCAACAUUGAAUGCAUUGAGUGUUGCGGAAAGAACCUCUAUAUUGGAACCAAUGACUGCUUUAUCUAUCACUUUCUGUUGGAUGAAAAGAUCUCAACAGCUGGAAAAAUAACUUUUGCUGCCACCAAGCAACUGCAUAAAUACCUGGGCUUGAAGAAGCCUGUGAGUGAGUUGAAAGCAGCCUCCGCCCUCACCAGGCUUCUUGUGCUUUGCGACAACACAAUAACACUAGUUAACAUGAUGAACUUGGAACCUGUCCCCACUGGUGCUAGAAUCAAAGGAGCUGUGACAUUCGCAUUAAAUGAAAACCCCGUGAGUGGGGAUCCUUUCUGUGUCGAAGUCUGCAUUAUCUCGGUCAAGCGGCGGACCAUUCAAAUGUUCAUGGUGUUUGAAGACAGAGUCCAGAUAGUGAAGGAAGUGUUUACUCCAGAGCAACCCUGUGCUGUGGCUGUAGAUGGUUAUUACUUAUGUCUUGCACUUACUACACAGUAUAUCAUUUUGAAUUAUAAUACUGGCGUCUCCCAGGAUCUAUUUCCUUAUUGCAGUGAUGAGAAACGGCCAAUUGUGAAAAGGAUAGGCAGACAAGAGUUUCUGUUGGCUGGCCCCGGAGGCCUAGGCAUGUUUGCAACUGUAGACGGCAUUUCACAGCGUGCCCCUGUGCACUGGUCAGAGAACGUGAUUGGAGCAGCUUUGUGCUUUCCUUACGUGGUUGCUCUCGAUGAUGAGUUCAUUACGGUGCACAGCAUGCUGGACCAGCAGCAAAAGCAAACGCUGCCUUUUAAAGAAGGUCACAUUCUACAGGACUUCGAAGGAAAGGUGAUUGUUGCUACUAAUAAGGGUGUGUAUAUCUUGGUGCCGCUACCUUUGGAAAAACAGAUUCAGGAUCUUCUAGCUAGCCACAGAGUGGAAGAAGCCCUUGUUCUAGCAAAAGGAGCUCGAAGGAAUAUUCCAAAAGAGAGAUUUCAGGUAAUGUACAAACGAAUCCUGCAGCAAGCAGGUUUUAUACAGUUUGCACAGCUUCAGUUCCUUGAAGCAAAAGAACUCUUCAGAAGCGGCCAGCUUGAUGUCCGGGAGCUGAUCUCUCUCUACCCCUUCCUGUUGCCUACUUCCUCUUCAUUUAUACGGUCUCAUCCCCCUCUGCAUGAGUACGCGGACCUAAACCAGCUGACCCAAGGGGACCAGGAGAAGAUGACAAAAUGCAAACGAUUCCUCAUGAGUUACUUGAAUGAAGUCCGCAGCACUGAGGUUGCAAAUGGCUACAAGGAAGAUAUUGACACAGCUUUACUCAAGCUAUAUGCAGAGGCAAAUCAUGAAAGCCUGCUGGAUCUGCUAGUUUCGGAGAACUUUUGUCUUUUAACAGAUAGUGCUGCCUGGCUGGAAAAACACAAAAAGUAUUUUGCCCUUGGUCUCCUCUAUCACUACAAUGGUCAGGAUGCUGCAGCACUUCAGUUAUGGGUGAAAAUAGUUGAUGGAGACAUUCAAGAUUCUACACGUUCAGAUCUCUAUGAAUAUAUAGUAGACUUCCUUACAUUCUGCUCAGACCAAGAUCUAGUGUGGAAAUACUCUGAAUGGGUUUUACAAAAAAAUGAAGAGGUUGGCGUACAGAUUUUCACUAAAAGGCCUUUGGAAGAACAGGAGAAAAACAACAUUAAUCCAGAUGAUAUCAUCAGUUGCCUUAACAAAUAUCCUAAAGCACACGUUAAAUAUCUAGAACAUCUAGUAUUGGAAAGAAAAAUAGAGAAAGAAAAGUACCAUACUCAUCUAGCUGUCUUGUACUUGGAGGCAAUACUUCAGCUAAAAUCUGUGACCACAGAUAACUGUACAGAAACAACUGAACUGCUGUUUAAACUACGCAGUCUUCUUCAGAAAUCUGAUCUUUAUAGAAUUCACUUUAUUUUGGACAAAAUCCAGGGCACAGACCUUCAUAUGGAAAGUGCAAUUUUAUAUGGAAAACUAGAAGACCAUGAGAAGGCUUUGCAUAUCCUUGUCCACGAGUUAAAGGAUUUCCAUGCUGCUGAAGAAUACUGUAUAUGGAACUCUGAGAACAGAGGCAUGCAGUACAGACGGAGGCUUUUUCAUAUGCUGCUGUCAGUGUACCUAAAUCCAGGCACUUCGGACUGUGCACUAGUCAUGGCUGCUGUGGAUCUCUUGAAUAACCACGCUGCUGAAUUUGAUGCGGCUCUAGUUUUGCAGCUGGUGCCUGACAGCUGGUCAGUGCAGCUCCUCUCCCCGUUCCUGGCUGGAGCAGUGAGGCAAAGCAUUCAUACAAAAAGAAUGACUCAGAUUACACUCGGGUUAGCACAAGCUGAAAACUUAAUCUACAAACACGAGAAGGUUAAACAAAAAGGACCCCCAAUUCUUCUUUCGGACAAAAAGGUCUGUCAGGUGUGCCAAAAUCCCUUCUGCGAGCCUGUAUUUGUAAGAUACCCAAAUGGGGGUAUGGUCCACACACACUGUGCUGCAAACAGACACCUGAAUUCAAAUGGGACUCAUCACUCUUCCAGCUCCAGCAAUCAGACUUGAAAUAUGUUCCCGUCCCACAGGUUCUCAUGACUUACACCCCAUUGAAAGUGGGCUGGAAAAAAGAACAAAGUGCAGCUACUUUAGGUAUAAAUCAAGAUGAACAGCUAUUCUUUGGGCUAAUGGAAAGACUUCCAGUAAAUAUGAAAUAUCGCCACUUAUCUUUUUUGAUUUCUAAUGAAUGUAGAUAGCAAAGAAAAUUCACUACCAGAAAUGGAGAGGUGCAAAUAUAGGCUCUUCUGUAUAUAGUAAUGAACAGUUAAAGAAAAUGAGCCUUUCCUUCCCAGUAAGGAUGAAUGUUAUGGAGACAAAGCAAAUAGUUAUUUUAAGAAAUGUCACUUUGCACUGAAUGUGGUGUUGAUAAAUUUGUAGAGGUGGAGAUGGCAUCUAUUGGAGUUGGAAUUCUUGGAACAUUAUGUGACAAGACUGGCAUCAUGCAGCUUACUAUCAAGACAAAAAUGUGCGUUGGUUAUAAUGUUUGCUGCAGCAUGGAUUUUGGGCUGGAUUCUCUUCCCCAGGAUCACAUUGUGAACUUGAUUUUUUUGCUCUACAAAUUGUUGGCUUUUGAUGCACUUUUUAGUAC